GUGUCACGACGCACAGGCCCGGGCUCUUUCACCCCCCUGUCUCUCCACAUGAUGUUUCCUCGUCUUCUCACAUCAUCAUUUUCAUGGGCAUGAUGCUGUGUGCUUCACAGAUUGAGCUUUCUCACCUCACACAGCGACACAUCACAUCUGCAGCAGGUACGACCGCGUGGAGGUUUGGAUAUAAGCACGAGACGCACAACCUCAAGACAUGGAAUAAAGGGAGAUCGGAGACGAGUGAAACAACCUGAGUCACAUCCAUAAAUAAGAGACAGUUAAAAAAAAACUCACAAGGCUGGAAGAGAGCUGUGGAGUGAGGAAGAGAGAAGUAGAGGAGAUUGUGAAGAUGGGGUGUGGUCAGAUGACGUUUCUCCUGGACUCUACAGUUCACUCCGUCAGCCGCUGGUCAAAGCUGGAGUCUCCUCGCUAAAGCCCCGAGCGGCUCAUUUCACCUGCUGGAGGAGCCCCCACCCUUGGUGAUGUGAUGAAUAAGUUUGAAGUCCUUGGCAUUGUGGGAGAAGGAGCGUACGGAGUGGUGCUUAAGUGCAGGCAUAAGGAGACCAAUGAGCUGGUGGCCAUUAAGAAGUUCAAAGACAGCGAAGAAAAUGAGGAGGUCAAGGAGACGACUCUUCGGGAGCUGAAGAUGCUUCGGACACUGAAGCAAGACAACAUCGUCGAGCUGAAGGAGGCUUUUCGGAGGAGGGGGAAACUCUACCUUGUCUUUGAAUAUGUCGAGAGGAAUAUGCUCGAGCUAUUAGAGGAACUGCCCAACGGUGCACCGCCUGAUAAAGUCCGCAGCUACAUCUACCAGCUCAUCAAAGCCAUCAACUGGUGUCACACGAAUGAGAUAGUACACAGAGAUAUCAAGCCAGAGAACCUCCUCAUCAGCUCAGAGGAUGUUCUCAAACUCUGUGACUUUGGUUUUGCUCGUAACCUGUCUGAAGGAACAGAUGCCAACUACACAGAGUAUGUGGCGACAAGGUGGUACCGCUCGCCUGAGCUGCUGCUGGGGGCUCCCUAUGGGAAGGCAGUGGACAUGUGGUCGGUGGGGUGUAUCCUCGGGGAGCUGAGUGACGGACAGCCCUUGUUUCCAGGGGAAAGUGAAAUAGAUCAGCUCUUCACCAUUCAGAAGGUGUUGGGGCCACUUCCUGCAGAGCAGAUGAAACUCUUCUACAACAACCCUCGCUUUCAUGGAAUCAGGUUUCCCUCAGUUACUCAUCCUCAGACUUUGGAGAGAAGGUACCAAGGCAUCUUGAGUGGUUUGAUGUUGGAUCUGAUGAAGAACCUGUUGCUGCUAAACCCAACUGAGCGCUACCUGACGGAGCAGAGUUUGAAUCAUCCGGCCUUCCAGCCUUUGAGGCAGGCAGAGAGAGAGCGGCCAUCUCCUGCGUCUCCCAACCCGCCGCGCUCCUCCAAGAGGAAAACACACCAUCAUGGAGAGAACACAGUUCCCACAAGGAGUCACACUAAGAGCACGAGCCGUCGCUCCAACAGUAAAGAAUGUUCCAGCCUCCCUCGCCAUGGUGACCUCCAUCACCUCAGCAACAAGAGUUUCCUCAAUGGUAACAAACCGGCCCCGUCCAGUUUAAGUCCAACGCUCCACCCCAAGGGUCAGUACAUGUCCCAGACCCUAAAUCGUUCUGCCUCGUCCAACAAAGACCUGGCUAACAACAACUUGCCGCACCUCCUCAGUCCCAAAGAAGCCAAAGGUAAGACAGAGUUUGAUUUCAGCUUGGGACCUUCUCCAAAGCUGUCUGACCAAGGACACGGGGCGAAGUACGGCCACAGCAAACCCAGCUCCUCCCGCUCUCAGCAGCAGCAGCAGCAGCAGCAGCAGCAGCAGCAGCAGCAGCAACAGGCCGGCCGCCACACCUUCCUGGAAGGCAAGACUAACACACUGCAGUCUGGAGCAGAGAAACAACACAGCCGACACACCCACAGCAUGGCGGACUCUGCUCACGGAUCCAUGUCCUCCUCCUCUAAGAGUUCAGCCUCUUAUCUCAGCCUGUCCAAGAGCCACAGUGCGCUGAGUGAUGCCAAAUCUGUUGGGAACCUCAGCGAUGGUCGACUCCACCCAGAUGACCCGAAUGCAAACACGACAACAGGGGUCGGACCUGGGGCCCGAUUCUUCCCUACCAGCUGUUUAGACCUCAAUGCCCCUUCAGUUCCCCAGGGGCCCCCUGGCAGCCCCUCUACUCGACACAGCGAUCGAUCUGGGCACAGCCCUGCUUCUCGUAGCAGCGGCAAUGUCCGCAUGGAGAGCAGCACCCUGGACUCCUCAUCCAGACACAAAUCCAGACAUAAAGCUCUGGCACCAGAGGAGGCCGGUGCUCCAGAGCUCUUAGACCCGGGAGGAGCAGGGAUGCCCUCCACUCACACUCUGCCUUCCCCUCAUGAGUCGUAUCAUUACGGCCUGGGCUAUACCUCUCCCUUCUCCUCUCAACAACGGCCUCAACGCCACUCCAUGUACGUGAGGAGGGAGCGCCACCGACCACACGGGAUUGAGGGAGGGAUGGCGGGCUUGCCUCCGCCGGGGCAGACGAUACCGACACGUGCCAGUAGCCUGCAGCUCCUCUCCCCCCAGCUGCAGCACCGGACCACCCUCACUGGACACUCAGUGAGCUCUUCGAGAGAGGACUGCACUGAUGACAUGACGAGGAGUGAGCAGUCCCCUAAAGACAUGAGCCACCCUUGUGCCCCCAUCAAAGACUCUACGAGGGACAACACUGCUGCUUUUCAUACACAGCGCUCUAAAAACGAGGUCGGCAUGUAUCACGACCCUCAUGCUGAGGAUGGAAGUUCCUCCAAGGAGAACCGGAUGAUCUUCACUGAGUCCAUGCCUCGGAGAGUCGGCAGCUUCUACCGAGUCCCCUCCCCCAGACCAGACAACUCCACCUCUUUCCAUGACGGUGUCGGCCAGGGUCGAGGGCCAGUCGGACCCGUUGUACCCGGAGACCCUGUUGCCAUGGUCAACCACUCCAAACGCCAGACGGCUUUUGACUGGACCGCCACAGAAGCGAUGGUCAUGAAUCCUCCGGAGCCCGCCAAAGAGAAGGAGAAACAGGGCUUCUUCAGAGCCAUUAAAAAGAAAAAGAAGAAGACACAAAUAACGGACAUGGAGGACGGGAGGAACCCCAGCAUCAAGAAAAGCCUUUUCCCCCUCUUUAGCUCUAAGAAUAGCUUAAAGCACAACUCAGCAGUCAAAGUUCUACCUGUAGUCGCCUCACCCAUGGUACAACACCAGUCUACCGCGCCCUACCCUGCCUCACCAGUUCCUGGUAACGGACAAGAGCACCUGUCCCUGCAGAGGAGCUCCAAGUCGUCCUCUCACCACAGCAGCAGACGGAAAAAUCGCGAGCGAUCCCGAGACCGUGACCGGGAGCAGAGCCGGGACCGAGACCGAGACAGGGAGAGAGAGAGGGAACGGGAGAGAGAAAGAGAGAGAGAAAGGGAGAGAGAGAGGGAAAGAGGGAGGGAGAGAGACAGAGUGAACGACUGGCCACCAGACAAACCAGUGGACUCACACUCACAGAGUCAGCCACUCAAGUCACUCCGCAGGCUCCUCCACCUCUCCCCUUCUUCCUCAAACCAAGGACAACCUCCUCCUCCUCCUCCCCCAGACCUUCGCUUCCAAGCCCCCCUCCCCAACCCUCCUCAACCCUCCUCCAAAGCGGGCUACCCCGAGGGUCGAGGGCACGCUGAGAGCAGGGGGCACUCCGGGGUGAGCAGCUCCGCCCAGGCUAAGAGCCGCAAGGCCAGCUACCCCCUCCCCGGACAGAUCGAGUCCAGUUGGCACGUCUCUGCUUUACAGCGGGCGGAGGGCGCUCAGUUCACCCCCGAACAACUGGGCAUCAAACCGGGGCAGAACGGACCCACCUUUACCCGAGCCUCCCGCACCAGAAUGCCAAACCUCAACGACCUGAAGGAGACCGCGCUGUAACCCCUUACCCGAACCAAACCACCUCCAGUAUGUCUUCAUCCUGGAAGCAUCUGCCAGACGCAGACAUCAUGGUACUGUAGUAAAAGUUUACAUGAAAGCCUAUUUCACUGGAUCGAGUCCUCAUACAGAAGCGUAGUUAUUUGUUGAUGCUAAUGUCUCUGAAAUCUACAAAGACUAGACGUCGAAAGGCCACACACAAACACCAGUAACAGUGUUGUUUAGGGAAUCAAAGACAGGAAAGGGCCCACUCCCUCUCGGAAGCCAGUACUGUAUCAGUUGUAUGUUAUUCUUUCUCUAUGUAACAAGGUUAGAACAUCAGAGUAAACCUGAUCCUUCCUGUCAAGGAGACACUGCCCACGUGGCCUCUUUGCUGCCAUCUUCUGCUCACAGGACACUACAGCAAAGCAACACAUCAGACAGCCGCCGUCACACCGGUGGCCAAUAAACUCAAAUGUUUUUCAAGCUCUGAUAUUUGAUAAGAACAUAAAAAAAAGAUUUAUAUCAACAUUAUUUAUUAAAUAUUUAUUUGUUUUAAAUUCAAGGAUAUAAGCUAUAAAUGACACAGUAUGUAGGUUAUAUGGGAAUAUUAUAAGGUAAUAUAGAAUUAAAUGUGUAAUUGCAAGAGCUUUAGUUUCGACACAAAGAAAUGCAUAGAUAUUUAUGUGUUGAUAAUACAAUAUGUCAAAAGGAAUAUUUAAUAAUGGUGAAUGUCCUUUUUUUUUGUUCAAUUUGAUAUGUUAUUAAUAGAUUUUCAUGUUAUAUCAUAUUAUUUUCACCUUUUUUCUGUUGGUUUCAUCAAAAUGUAAAGAAAUAUUGAUGAAUACUUGUUGCCCAAAGUGGAAAAAAAAAAUCUCAGACAUUACAUCUAGUGCAAACCUGCCCGUCACCCUUAUGACAGUUCUGAAGUUUCGGGCUAUUUGUCAACAGGCUUUGGUAGCAGAACAGCCAGAGUGAGACUGUUAGGCUUCGUGCUUUACAUACAGCUACUGUCAGUUCACUCUCGGUGUCACCAUUUUCAAAUAAGCCCCAUUUUCAGUCUCUCAGUUCAUCAGCGACAACAGCUUUCCAGCUCUGUGCUGCCAUGUUGGUUUUGUCUACAGCCUUAACAGCAAGUAAAGGACAUCAAGACUUUGGUGGCCAUUGAUGGUGAAAAGCUAACCUCUUGAAAUGAGGUCUUACUGACUCAAAUACAACAUCUAAGUGUGCAAGAUAGUAGAGAGCACUCUGCAAAAAGGCAUACCUCACCUACAACCUUUAAGAUCUGAAAGGUUAAGUCUGGUGUAUUUUAUAUUUAUUUAACAACAAAUCUCAUGAAAAGACCAACAGUGAAUUGGAUCCUACUAACAAGUGCUUUCUCCAUAUCCAAAACCUGAUAUAGCUUAUUCCUCUGUGCCGUCAGUUUGUCCACAAACUAUUAAAAACAUUAGUGAGACACACUGUUGCACUAGGUGACAUGUUCCCUCAUUAACAUGAACAUGGGCACUGUGAUCCCCCAUACACCGCCCUGUUGCUGUACUCCUAACAAGAAAAUAGGUCGAUUUCCACUGAUUUCUAAAACAAGAUAUAUGACCACAUCCAUAACGAUAUAUAUUACCUUUCUAACACCGCUAUUACGCUAUCAAACUUUGUGGUUAGGAUUAGGCGACAAAAUUAGGUGGUUAGGAAAAAUAGUGGUUUAGCUUUAAAAAAGGUAAUUUUGUCACUAACGCAAUGUCACGUGUCACAUCUCAUACAUCUAUAGCGUAGUAUGCUACACAUACUAGCUAGCUGUUAAUAAAGUAAGGCAAAGUUGACUUCAGGGCACAAACACUGGUCUCCUGGGUGAAAGUCCUGUGCUUGUUUGACCAUCCCAUCCCAUAGGGACAUCUUCCAUCAUUAUACAACAUUGCUGCCUACAUAAGGAACUCAAGAGCUCAUGGUUACGACAUGGAAAGUUUUGUGCAAGAUAUGCUUCGCGUUCAAGCGAUUAAGUUUUGAGAAUGCCAUUGCUAGGCAACGAUAACAUGGAUGCUACUGUCUGUCGUCUCCUUCUCCAUGUAAGUCGAUGGGAAAAAAGUAUUUUUGGGCCAUAAGGCAUCAAGUGACAGUGUAAUAAUUGUUUGGUCACUAUAAAAAUUGGCUUCAAAGCCUGCCGCACUUCCUGACGGCCAUGAAGACCAACACACUUCAUCCUCCUGUAAAUGCACACUGGAGCACCAAAUAUGUAUCUACUAAUGGUUAGACAGGCUGAACAAGUCAGAAAAUAUUAAAAAAUGGAAACCCCUGUUUUGUUUUUUGGCAUCUAAUAAGUCUAAACACAUUAAUCUUUUACUCCAGUGGAAUUCCUGCAUUGUGUUCCAGUUACCAAACACAGCACACCUCCACCAGUGCAGCCCUUUUCGUUUCUUUGGGCCCGCUAAAAGUUAUUUUCUUCAUGGGAUUUGUUGAUGAUAAGAAAAAUAUAAAAUAACACCAGACCUUUCCUUUCAUGUGUGUUUACAUUUUUCUGUGUGCAUUUUAAAAGCUUGCGUUAUCAAAGUUUUUGUAAAUGCCUUUUGUAAAUCUGAAUUUGGUUUUCCUACUGUAUUCACAUUACAGCUUUUAAUUUUGAUAUUAAUACUCAUGAUCAGGGAUGAUUUUACUGAACUGGGUUAUUCAUAAAGCAUUUAUUUGUUGUCUACUGACCUGUGGAUGAUAAAAACAUAUAUAUAUAUAUAUAUAUAGAACAAAACACUAUUAGUGGCCUAGGCAAAAUAUACAGCGUAGUUUUCCUCCCAGUCUUCCCUUUAUCCUUCGUUCCUUCCUCUUUCUCUGUGGUUUUAAAUGGAUAGUUCGGAUCUUUUGGAAUGCGGUUGUGUGAGGUACUUAUCCAUAGUCAGUGUAUUACCUACAGCCGAUAUCAGUUCACAUGCUACCAGUUUGGAGAAGCAGGCUGUAGUCCGGCAUGGAAGCUAAGCUAUCUACUGCUGUAUUUUAACCACCUUAAAAAAAUCAAUAUCAGUUUAAGUGUACGCUAUAUUUAGAGUGCUUUCACUGCUUAACCUUGCAUUGGACAGCGAUUUCUUACGGAGAACUGAAGCCGUUAUUUCACUUUCUUUAACGCCAGACUUCACUGAGAAAAUAGGGUGAUUUAACAUAGUUGAAAACAGGAGCUGCUGGUCUACCGCUGCCUCAAUCAGUUAGUUUGUUUGUGUUAUUGUGUGACUUUGGUGUUUGAAAGGGUUAGUUGGGAUUCACCAAAGUUACACAUAAACACAAAUUUACUGAAUAAUCAAGGCAGAGGUA